AGGGGGUGGCUAGCCGUACACGCGGAGAAGUCGGGUACAACAUCGUUAGCAUAAGCUGGUGCAGAAGUCGAAAAAGUGGAACAACAGAUGAAGAAUAGGACGGAAGAGAGAUAGAGAGAGACAGAGACAGAGAGAGAUUGAAGAAAUGGAGCGAAGUUUAGAGGAAGGUACACACGACUUUGUCGGGAGGACACCCGUCGUCGGCCGCGGCGGUGAUGCUGGUGCAGCCACAGUCGUCGGUCGUAUACAGCCCCGCCGCCGCAGCUGCAGCUACCGGUAUACAUAUAUAUAAUAUACGACAACGGCGGUGGCUGAGGUGGUUGUGGUGGCGGGGGUCGGGGUGUGUUGAACUCGAGCCAAGGUGUCAGACAUAACAAUCAAUGACGACUGUGCUUGCCAAUUAUUCCGCUGUCGUGCUACGUUUUUUUUUUCUAUUUUAUCUCGUACGCGGUUUGGGUUUCUUUUUGCCCCGAAUAUUUCCCGCACGGAUUCGUUUUCGUACACGCAUUUUUCCGUCACGUUUUUUCGGGGUCGCCCCGAGGGGUGUACGCGCGUAAAGUGCGGGUGGCUGCUAUACACCGGUCUCGUGAAUCGGACGGGAAGAAGGGUGGGGACGAGAAACAAACGGCGGAGUUCUUAAAAAAAAAAAAUUUUUCGCUCGAGGCGAAAUGAAAUAAAAUAACCGAAUGGAAAACUUUUCGAUAGUGUCUCGGCCACCGCCGCCGAGCCGAUGGGAGCGACGGCGGCGGUUACGGCGGCGGCGUCGUAGUCGUCGCGUAAGUGGUGGUAGCCGGCGGUGGCGGCAAGGUGCGUACUGAACGUGGGCGCAGACACGAAAAUGUUGAGGCACCUUGGUCGGUCGGGGGUCAUACACACGCGCUCACGCGUUCUGCUCACUAGUUACCAGCAGCGGGAACGUCGUUACACACGCCCGUUUCUUUUUUUAGUCGUCCCGCCGUCCUCACGUUUCACGAUUAGUCGCCGACGCACCGCCGCCGCAACAGUACACGCACGUCCGCGCAACCGUCCCAACAACAAUAAUAAUAUAUAAUAUUCGUCGUCCCGUCGAGUUGCCAAAGACGUCCAUACACACAACAACAAUAACAACAAUAAUUUAGUUCAAUUUUUUCUUCGUAAUCAUUUUCAAAGCCGGUCGCGACGACCGCGUUUAAUUUCCCGGACGUUAAGAGGACCGGAAGAAUUAUCAAUGAUCCGUCUACACUGCCGACGCUGUCGCCAUACAACCGUCAUCGUUCCCAUCAAGUACAGUUAACAUUUGCACUCGUCGACGACACACUACGUUCGGUGAUCAUCAUUUCCACAACCACCACCGUCAUUUCGCGCAAAAGUCAAAAAGUAGACGGGUCGCACUACGAACAUGUUGGAACGGUGAUGGUACUGAUGGUGGUGACGGUGGUCGUGCUGGGUACUGUCGGGCUGCUCACUUGCGUGCUGCAUCACUACAAUCAACAAUACAACCCGUCCGUGCCCUGUCUGUCGGCAGCGCCCGGGCCGCCGCACCGCAGGCUUACCGCGCCGCCGCCACCGCUGACCAAGAAGAAAAAAUCGACGACGACGACGACGACGACGACUACGACGGCAUCGGCGGCGGCGACGGCUGUGACGACGACGGCUAUCAUCGCAGCAUCGCCUGCACCACCGCUCUCGACUACGAACGGUGCCCGUCGUAGCGGCGGCAACUGUUGUAAUAGUAGCAGCACGUCCUCGCGAACCGCCAUGUUGACGAUGCGAAGCAAUAACGGCCUGUCCCGAGAACACGACCGGCAGGUCCGGUUGCACUCGGUCCGGACGGACCUGGAGUUGGACAUGCCGCCGCGAAUCCAUUUGCCGGACGGCGAGGAGUACCCGUACGGCAGCAUGGCCAAGUUGCAUUUGCGGAAUUCCGAACAAGAACGAGAGAUUUACCAAAAGUGCAUCAGGGGACCUCCAAACCGGACGAUAUGGACGUCGACUGCGGAGUGUCGGAAACUGUCGCAGCCUCACAGGUCCAGUUCCGCGUCCGGCCUCACGUCCCUCUCCACGUCCUUGUCCGAAGUGGACUCGGUCACGAGAUGUAAUAGCGUCUCCUCGAGGUAUGUGUGUUUGCCGAGAACAGAGUUCCCGCAGGUGGACAACAUCCAAAGUCUGUCGAGUCUGACCAUGGUGCCGUGUCUGAGCCACGUGGACAACAAACAGACGUUAAGCCAAUAGUGAAAUAAUAAUAUUAUAAAGUUGUCUCUCACCGUCUACUAUUAUGAUAAAUAUUAUACCCGUGUAAUAAUAUAUAUAUAUAUAUAUAUAUGAGGUGCUACACAUUUGCAGAGACCCCUGAAAAUACGAUAUAUUACGUUAUAUCAUAGAAUAUACAUUAUAUAUUUAUACAAACGCUCGUAUGUGUAUAAUAUUUUAUACGAUACACACACACACACACACACACAUACACACACACACACACACGUCUUAUGUAUACAUAUAAUUUAUUAAUAUUGUAUUAUUGUAAUAUUAUUAUAACGAUAAUUGUCAUGGCGUAAGGACGACGAACAACUCGCGCACAUUACGCACACACGCAUACAUUUAUAUACAUAUUAUUCAAACAGUCUUCUGAUAUACCUGCGUAUUAUUUUAAUAUUGUAUAAAAUCUAAAAAUCGCCGCGUGUAUUCGUCGUAAUAUGUGAUGUAUAAAAAAAAAAAAAUAAAAUACAUCUCAUGUGUGUAGUAAAAAAGUGUGUAAUAUAAUAUAAUUGCAUUUUUUUUAUACAUAUACAUACAUAUAUAUAUAUAUAUAUAUAAUAUAUAUUAUACAUAUUAUUAUUAUAUAGUGAUACCUAUAGUUAAUUUGAACAUUUUUUUUUUUCUUAUUUUUAUUGUAAUCGUGCGUACGCGGGGUACAUAUUUAUGUUAAUAUUAUUAUUAUGUUCAUCUGUUAAUUUUAUAAUAUAUACCUUACCUGUAACAUCGUCGUACGCAUAGGAUUCCGUUGAAAACACACGGCCGAUGACGAUUUCGGAACGAUAUAUUAUCAUAUAAUACGACCACGGGUAGUGCAAAAUAAUAAUAUCAUACCGAAAUGUCUCCGUAAACGUACCUAUAAUAAUUAUGACGAUAUUAUAAUAUAUAUUAUUAUUAUUUCCGAAUAUAAUCGUAUGGCGAGAGACACGCCGCCGCCGCCGCCGCGUGCUUUCAACGAAUCUUAUUAGUUCAAAUAACGAGUCGCGUAUUACCUACAUAUUUUAUUACAUACCUAUAAUCUAUGAUGUGCAGUAUAAUAUUAUAUAAUAGGAAUAUUGUAUUUAAAAAAAAAAAUCAGAAAUUGUUAUUGAGGGUGCCCCCCCCCCCCCCCCCAACAGCGGCAGCAACAACAAUAACGAUACACGAUGAUUAUUACGACGACGUCCGAUGGCGCGAUUAAAUAGUAAUUAAUAAUAUAUUAUUUUGAUAAUAUUAUACGAUAAGUAUAAAAAAAAUAUAAAGUCUUAUUUAGCUUUUAUCGACGGGGGUGGGUAUAAUUCGUGUCAUAUGUAGGUAGGUAAGGUAGGUACCGCGAUGUGUUCGAAGGCGAAUAAUGAUAUUAUAAUAAUAUAUUAUAUUUAAAAAAAAAAAAAAACGAUUGUGCUGUGCUUAAUUAGAAUAUUAUUUUACGAGACGAACGAAAAGCGUUUUUCUACGGUUUUUUUUUUCCUUUUCUACUUAUUGAAGAUUACAUUUUGAACGAUGUUUCUUAUUUUCUUUUUUCUUUUUUUUAUACGAUCGGGUCAACGAUUUAAUAUAUUCGGUCCAGGGAAGCUGUCGUAAUAUUAUUAUUGUUGUUAUGACGGUUAUGAGUUUUCGACGGAUUCUCUUACUGACGGGGGCUGGAAAGGAUGGGAGGGAGGUCGUCGUCGCGGUCAACGAGAGUUUUUUUUCACAAACACAAUCUCUGAUAUAAAAAAAAAAAAAAAAAACUAUGACUUAAUACGAAUCGUAGUACGACGACAAUAUUAUUAUAAUAUUCCGUGUGACGGAUAAACAAUUAAAAAAAAAAAAAAAAAAAUGUUUUAUAAGAACUUUCGGUGUGUCUGUAAAAAAUAAUAUAUUAUAGUGAAAUGAAAAAUAUCUAUCAUAUUAUAAUUUAAUAAUAUCAUUACCGCACGUUUUUUUUUUUCUAAUUGAAAGUUUUCUUCUUAAGUUUUAAUAAAAAUGCGCUGACGUGAUAAUUAGUUUCGGGUACGUGUGUGUUAAUAAAUUUUCCGAAACCAAGCGCUGUCGCUUUUUAUUUUUGACGGACUCUUAAAAAAAAUGGGUAAUAAAUUAUUAUUAUUAUUAUUACUAUAUUAUUAUUAUUAUUAUUAUUAUUAUUAUUAUUAUUAUAAAUGAAAUAGUUUCUAGUCAUUCGUUAACUUUAUUUAGCAAAUUGUUUUGUUGUUUCUAAUGACCGAAACUACGCGAGAAAUUAACAAGUCGGGUCUGUGACUAUAUUGUAUUGUGUUGGACAACAUUUUACCAUCCAAUUUUUGUGCGUAAUUAAAGUGACUGUACUGUAUAUUUUAUUACAUUAGUGUACAUAUUAUUAUAUAAUUAAAAUUGUGUUGUACAAGUCGGAGUAAUAUGAUUUUGUCAUUGGUGAUAUUUAUAGAAAUAAUUUAAACAAAAUUAACUUUUUUUUUUUUAUGACCGUGCUGUUUAAUGUGAAAAUGCUUAACUCCAGAGUGAGUGUGAUGAGAUAUAGUCGUGGCUAUUGUAAUAGUGUGAGAGAUAGUGAAUAUGAGGGGAGAGAGAAAAGGAAUAAAUGAUAGGUAGUAUAAUUUUUGACAAAAGACAAAAUAAUUAUUAUUCGAUAGGUUUUCUAAUACUUGAUAGACAAAUGGUAGAACAGUUUUUUUUUUUUUUUUUUUUUUUUAUUAUUAUUAUGUAAGUAAAGUAAUAUAAAAAUAUAGAUAAUAACAUGUUCUUGCGACCGACAUUUUUGCAACGUUUAUAACUUGUAUUUUUUUUUUUUUUUUUUGUCAUUUUGUACAAAUAUAAUCUUUUUGGUUUUUGUACGAUAUAAUGUAAAUUUAACUAUAGUUAUCUUAAUAAUAAUAAUAAUCUACAUUAUAUUUACUACCAAAAACACACUUAUUUAGUUUUAUUUGUAUUUAAUUUAUUUAUUUGUUAUGCUUGUAUACAAAAACAAUAUUAUAACGAUAUUCAGUGUGUAAAUACAAAAAAAACUAAUGUACAUUAUGUAUGUGUAAAAAAACGAUGGCAUAAAUGCAGUGAUAUGUGGGUAGGGACCCAAUUUAUUUUAUGUAAUAAUUAUUUUGAAUUGUUAUUUCGGAGCGAACAAGCCACUGAAAACUAUAUACAAAAAAUAAUGAUAAGAAAAAAAAAACAAUGAUAAAAAUGAAUAAAAACAUUUUAUUAGCUAAUUAAAAAAUAUAUUUCUGUAUUGUCAAA